AUGACAUUAGGAGAAAGUUUUUUAUCACAUCAUAUAGAUCCUUAUAUACUUGAACAUAUUCAAAUGGAAAAAGAAUAUUCACAACAAGAUGAUUUAACUUUAGUUUGGUCUGAUGAUGUUUCACUAACAUUAUGUUUUUUAGCAAGUUUAGCUCAUCAUGGAGAAUAUUCUCAAGAACAUUUAUUACAAAGAUAUUUUCAAUGGUGGAUGAAUGGUUAUAUGUGUCCAACAGGUCUUUGUUUUACUCCACGUAUUCAUCUUAAAAAAUCGAUUGAUUUAUUUGGUGAAACUCAAGCAGCUCAAGCAUUAGGUAUAGAAGUUGAUAUCGAUAAAAAAACAGUUGAUAUUCCAUCAAAACCUGCAGCAUUACUUCGAUUGUCUCCAAUUGGUUAUUUCUAUUCAAAACAUUCAUAUUCAAAACGUAUUGAAAUUAUAAAAGAUUGUACUAAAAGAAUGUUUGGAAGAAAAGCACCAAUCGAUGUAUUUAUUGCUUAUAUUGAAUUACUUGUUAAUGCUCUUAAUGGUGUUUCAAAACAUGAUAUUCUUCAAUCAAUUCAAUUAAAACAAAAUUCAAACGAUCUUAUAAAUAAAAUUUUUUUUGAUUUAAUUGAUUUAAUUUCAAAUGAUAAUAAUAAUAUUGAACAAGGUCUUCAACGUGCUUUAGAAAAAAAAUCCAGCCAACCAAAAGAAUGCAAAUAUCUAAAUCCUUUUGAUUCAGAUGAAACAAUUCUUUUAACACUUUAUUUACAAAUAAAAAACAAUUGA